AUUUCCUCCAAUUAUCCUCAUUACUAGGGUCAAAUAAAAUCAUGGACCGUAUUCUUCAUCCAAAAUGCAUGUGUUACUAGGAGACAAAAAUGUUUAUUUGAAGUAUAAAUCUUUGUCUUCAGAAAAUGAAGCGUAGCCAUAAUCACCGAAGGUUCACGUGCACCCAGCAGCCUCUCUCAGUCGCAAAAAUCUAGAUUGAAUUUGAACACACUCAACACGAUUAAAAAUACUCAUAGUGGACUUUAUUUUAACUGCUAAACGACAUUUAAAAGAAGAUAUGGAAAACGUAUCAAACAAGAUAUCACCUUUUUUUACUAGACUUUUCAAUAAUCAAUUAUUGGACCGUAUACUGGGUAUAGAAGAUAGUGUUAAUCAACCAAAUGAUCCUUAUUACCGCACUAAUUCGCAUGACAUUUCUAGGAACAAUAAUAAUGACUGUGAAACUCAGAAGAAUCCCACUUCUGGUGUACCAGAUUUCCAGUAUCACACACAAAGCAGAUAUUUACAAGGACGACAUUUAGGUAGAUUAAAUCCAUCUUUGUACCUAAGCCAAGAAACAGAGGACCUUUACGAAGUUCCGCCUGGACACAUUGGUAGAGUAUGGUUUUCCAUCAGCUACAAUAAAGUAAUGGAAUUACUAAAAGUUACCAUACAUAAAGCUAGAAACCUACGUCAAAUUAGUACAACUUCAAGUUUACAGUUCACUGGAUCUCCGACUGACCAAUCAGGAACAAGCGCUGAUGAAACAUCACAAUGGAUUACCGAAUAAAG